AUGAGUUCAACACAAGCCAAUGAAAGCUUUCAUAACACUGUUGCUUCUAAAGCACCAAAAAACAGACAUUACAGUAAAUCAGAAAGUUUAAAUAUCCGUAUUGCAGCAGCAGUUUCACAGAAAAAUAGUGGAUACACAUAUGUUUGUAGUGUUAACAAAGAAAAUGGACUAUCUCCUGGAGUUGUUUCACAGGUGAGGGGAAUAAAACUAGACGAUAAAGCAAGAAAAAGAAAGAUGCAGACAGAAAACAAAGAAUACAAACUUAGACGUAUACAAUUAAAUGAGGAGCGAAACAAAAAAUGUAAUGCUACUGAGUUUAAGAGAAGAUUGCUGCGUCUUAUGAUGGUAAAUGAUGAUGAGUAUGCUGACCCUUGUCAGCCAAUACAUCCAGCAGCAUCCAAAGUAACUGGGUUGACAUAUACAUGUGGUAAACUGUUUCAUAACUUUAAUUUAGUACCAACAUUAUCACGGAAAGAUGCUCUUGAGAGUUUUAUAGAAUGGAUUCCAUUAAAUUUUGUGUUAGUUGCACAUAACUGUAAGAAUUUUGAUGCUAGGAUUCUG